AUGGCGGCGCGGCGGCUCCUGGCGGCGGCGCUGGGGAGCUGCGUCCCCGCCGGCCGCGCGGGGCCCGCGCUGUCCCAGGGCUGCUUCCGGCGCAGCUUUGCCACCAGCCCCCGUCCCCGCGCCAGAUUCUACACCGACCCCGUGGAGAUGGUGAAGGACAUCUCCGAUGGGGCCACCAUCAUGGUCGGGGGCUUCGGGCUCUGCGGGAUCCCCGAGAACCUGAUCGCGGCGCUGCUCCGGACGCGCGUGAAGGACCUGAAGGUGGUCAGCAGCAACGUCGGGGUGGACGACUUCGGCCUGGGCCUCUUGCUGGCCACCAGGCAGAUCCGCCGCAUCGUGUGCUCCUACGUGGGCGAGAACGCGCUGUGCGAGAGCCAGUACCUGGCCGGCGAGCUGGAGCUGGAGCUGACGCCCCAGGGCACCCUGGCCGAGCGCAUCCGCGCGGGGGGCGCCGGGGUGCCCGCCUUCUACACGCCCACGGGCUACGGCACCCUGGUGCAGGAAGGGGGCUCCCCCAUCAGGUACUACCCAGACGGCCACCUGGCCAUCAUGAGCCAGCCCCGGGAGGUGAGGGAGUUCGGCGGCGAGCACUACCUGCUGGAGCGCGCCAUCAGGGCGGACUUCGCGCUGGUCAAGGGCUGGAAGGCUGACCGCCAGGGCAACGUGAUCUUCAGGAGGAGCGCCAGGAACUUCAACGCGCCCAUGUGCAAAGCUGCAGACGUCACGGCGGUGGAGGUGGAAGAAAUCGUGGAUGUGGGGACUUUCCCCCCAGAGGACAUCCACGUCCCUAGCAUUUACGUGGAUCGCGUGAUAAAGGGGGCGAAAUAUGAGAAAAGAAUCGAGCGGAUAAGGUUCCGCGAACAGCAGGCUGGAGAAGCCAAAGGCGGGGACGACACAAGGACACGCAUCAUCAAGCGGGCAGCUCUGGAGUUCGAGGACCGCAUGUACGCCAACCUGGGCAUCGGGAUCCCCCUGCUGGCCAGCAACUUCAUCAGCCCCAACAUGACCGUGCACCUGCACAGUGAGAACGGCAUCCUGGGCUUGGGCCCGUUUCCUCCGAAAGCUGAGGUCGAUGCGGAUCUCAUCAAUGCAGGCAAGGAGACAGUGUCCGUGUUCCCCGGGGGCUGUUUUUUCGCCAGCGAUGACUCAUUCGCUAUGAUCCGAGGGGGGCACAUCCACCUCACCAUGCUCGGAGCCAUGCAGGUGUCCAAGUACGGCGACCUGGCCAACUGGAUGAUUCCCGGCAAGAAGGUGAAAGGAAUGGGCGGUGCCAUGGAUCUGGUGUCCAGUCUCAAGACCAGAGUGGUGGUCACCAUGGAGCACUGUACGAAGAGCAACACCCCCAAGAUCAUGGACAAAUGCACCAUGCUGCUGACCGGGAAGCGCUGUGUGGACCGCAUCAUCACCGAGAAGGCCGUGUUUGACGUGCACAAGAAGAAGGGGCUCACGCUGGUGGAGCUCUGGGAGGGCUUGACCGUGGACGACAUCAAAAAGAGCACGGGGUGCGCCUUUGCCGUGUCCCCCAACCUCAGGCCCAUGCAGCAGGUGGCGCCCUGA